AUGCGUCCCUCAACGACUGGUCUACUAGCAUUGCUAGCCGGUACCACUUCAGCUGUUGUAGGAAAUUGGCAACAAUGCGGCGGCAUGAGCUGGUCUGGCGACACAGUAUGUGGCUCAGGUGCUGGCUGCGUCAAGAUCAAUGACUAUUACUCGCAGUGCCAGCCCGGCGCUGCUCCUGCACCUGUUCCCUCGUCUUCUGCUGCUCCUUCUCCAACACCGGAGCCAUCCCAAGUGACUCCUGGAACGCCAACUGCAAGUAACGCUCCAUCAGGAACGGGACCAGGCAAGACACUUCAAAGCGGCUACUACUGGGUGCGCGCUGUUGCGGCUCCCAAUUUCCACAAAUACAUCCAAACCAACCCACUCUACUCGACCGGCCCAGCCCUCCUAGGAGACUACACAACAGCCGGCCAAUUUCAAGUCGUAGAUGGUCAGCUCGUUGAAUUAGUAUCUGCCCCAGGCGCUCCAGUCAAACUUCUCUACGCCAAUGUUUCAGAGGAACGAUCUAUCAACGGCAUGUCUCUCGCGGUCAGCUUUUCAGAGAGUAAGAACACAUACGGAACGUUUGCUUGGGGUGGUGACGAUCUCCAAUGGUCGGUUGCGGGCGUGAAUCGGCCAAACAAAAGCGCAUGGUAUGUGUGUACAGGCCAGAAGAUGUACAUCAACUUGGGCAACUAUCUGUACCAAACGCCGAGUGGAUGUGCCGAUCAAACGAUACAUUACUACAACGACAAGACGGCCAACGAUUAG